GAGCUUCUCAUUCAAAGUAAUUUAUAUUUUGGAAAAUCGAGUCCAAAAUGUCGAACCUCCAGUUAACUCAGGAAAAACUAGAUGCCCUACGCUCCGAGUACAGGCCACGCCGGCCGUGCGCCCUGCUGAAAUACCCACGACCCAAGACGAAGCCCGAGUACCAGGCGAUAUAUCCGUGGCUGCUCCCGGAUGAAACUGAUCCGCACUUUGUAUUCUGCGCGGUCUGCGAGUGCCGGCUCAGCUGCAAGAGAUCUGAUCUGGGCAAGCACGAGGGCAGCAUCAAGCACUCGGAAAAUGCCCAAAGAAAAGCGAUGCCGGUGAAAGAAAAUCAUACGGAGGCGGAGGGUUCCGCUGCCGGGGAACUACCGGCCACUAUUACGCCCAUACACACCACGCCCUCCUACGCCGCCCGCCAGCUGCAGUCCUACCAGCUGCAGCAAAUGUCGCCCAUAACGCCGCAGCGCGACUCCCUGGAACUCUUCUUCGACAGCAUAUGCGCCACCGUCAAGAGCCUACCGCCCAAACUGGCCACCGGGGGUAAAAUACGAGUAAUGCAGCUUAUCGGAGAGCUGGAACUGCGCGCCCUCGGCGAGCAGGAAGCGUCUUCUCAGUGCGCCGGACCUCAGGGUCUCGAUCUCGCCGGAAGCUCAGCAUCCGGAGCAGCCGAAGCGCCCGGCAGUGGUCAACAGAACGCCACGGUGGCCUCCACCACGAAAUAAAUCAGAUGUGAAAAAGGUUUUAAA